UUUGCUUAAAGAUGGGAAACAUGGAGUCUGAUGACAAGUUUGGUUUUGUUGUAAUGGACGGCAAUGGGGCUCUCUUUACAACUCUGAGUGGUAGCACACGUGAGUUGCUUCACAAGUUAUCUUAUGAUCACCCGAAGAAACUAGGAAGUGGACUACAAGCUGCUCGUAUGUCUUACCUUGUCCAUAUGGAGAUGCUUGACAGUUACUUGAGCAAAAUUGGUGCGCUCGCCACACAGUACUACAUCAAUCCUUUGACAGGCCAGCCUAAUGUGACUGGGCUGAUUCUUGCUGGUUCAUCAGAUGUCCAGGUUCAGUUGAUGAAGCUAGGUCUGUUUGAUCACCGGCUUGUUGCGAAGCUAGUGAAUGUGGUGGAAGUGUCUUAUGGAGUAGAAAACGGUUUCAAUCAGGCUAUUGAGCAGUUAUCUGAUAUCCUGGCGAAUGGAAAGUACACCCGAGAGAGGUAUUUGAUGGACAUGUACUUUGGGGAGGUAAGGAAGCGGCCCGGGAAGUAUGUUUUUGGCGUAGAUGGUACGAUGAACGUUUUGGAGUCUAAGCCGGGUGCUGUCAAGACGCUGAUCGUAUGGGAUAAUCUUGAUAUCAACAGAUAUGUGAUGAAGAACAGUUUAACGGGUGAAACUGUGAUAAAAUACUUGAACAAGGAACAAGAAGGCAACACAGAGAAUUACAAAGACUUGGAUGUAGAGGAGAAGAUGCCGUUACUGGAGUGGCUGGCUAAUGAAAACAGGCGUUUUGGUUGUGCACCAGAGCUAGUAACCAACAAAUCAUGGGAAAGUUAUCAGUUUUGCAAAGGGUUUGAAGGGAUUGGAGCGAUACUUGAUAACCGGAUUGCCCUUGGGGAUGGAGAGGAUACUUGAUAACUAGAGAAGAUU